AUGGCUUCCCACUGCAAACAACAUGUCCAGGCCGGCAUGCCUAAGGGGACGGUUGAGCACAUUAAGUAUUUUCUAGACCACACAUAUUUUUUCUUAUGCAGUGAUGCUAAACCAAGUUCAUCAUCUGCUGAUGGAGUCUUGCCACAAGGGCCAAACCAGACCAAGCAGCAGGUACCUUGGCCAAGCUACAAAACUGUUUUUGCUUAUGCUGGAAGUCCUUUCAUGUCACAUCUAGCAAGUCUCGUGAGAGACAACCAUAACAGAGUUGCUCCGAGGACAACUCCUGUUGGAGUCAAGCCCGACAUUGACCUGGCCCUACGGUUGGGUCCCGCUCUUCAUACAUCUGAUGGCUCCACCAUACAGGCCGGGUUGGAUGACAAUCUGGUGGCAAUAUUCAAGAAGUAG